AUGUAUUGUGGAGACGACGUGUCAAGUUGUGUAAUCGAUAUUGGUUCAUAUCAGACAAGAGCAGGUAUUUAAAUGCAUGUUAUUUACAUAUUUAAUAGGGUAUUCUGGAGAAGAUUGUCCUCGAAGUGUGAUCCCAUCACUAAUGGAGACUAGGAUGUUGAAAUGGUUGAUGCUGAAGGUGAAAACAAAUCAAGAUCAUCAAAAAGAUUAGUCGUAGGGUCAGCUGAGUUGAAUUACAAGAGAGAUAAUAUGGAAAUUCAACCAUUAUUCUCAGAUUAGGGAAUAUUGAAUUUCGAUUUUAUUGAGGACAUUUUGAACAAAAGUUUAAUAGACAAUCUAAUGAUAAAUCCUAAGGAGACUCCUUUACUAUUCACUGAGCAAGCCUUGCAUAAUAAAGAAGCUAGAAUAAAGUUGACAGAAUUCAUGUUUGAGAAGUAUUAAGUCCCAGCUAUAUUUAUUUGUAAAGCACCAGUGCUUGCUUCUUUUGCAUGCGGAAGAUCUACAGCUAUCAUUGUAGAUUCAGGUAGUAAGACUACUUAUGCUACUCCUGUACAUGAUGGAUAUGCACUGUAAAAAUGCAUUAUUAAAUACGAUAUUGGAGGGCAAUAACUAACAAGCGACCUAAGAACUUGGCUUGAAAAUGAUAGAAAAAUUGAAGUGAUACCAAGAUUUGGCUUUAAGAAGAAGUUUUAAAACAUCAAUGGGGUCGAAAACUUUGAAGUCUCCAGGUUAGAUAUUGAUGGAGUUCAUCCAUCAUAUUUAAACUGGGCCAAGGAUGAGGUAGUGAGAGAACUGAAGGAGGAAAUGUUUUAUGUAAGCGAAGACUAAAUAGAUGAUAGAAGUUUAGAAACAAUUAAAGGUCUAAAUUAUGAAUUGCCAGACGGGCAGUCAAUUAACCUUCAAGGUGAGAGGGUGUCUUUUACCGAGAAAAUGUUUGUCCCUAAUGAGAAAUUACCUGGAUUCACUGGCAUUCAACAUAUGAUUGUAGAGUCAAUAGGAAAAUCAGAUAUUGAUAUCAGAAGAGAUUUAUUCUAGAAUGUGAUCUUAUCAGGAGGUAACACACUUUUCAAAGGAUUCCUGGAAAGACUUUAAAGAUAGAUUCCUGAGAUAUCGCCUCAAAAUGUCAAGGUAAAGGUUAUUAGCAGUAAUGAAAGGAAGUUUUCCCCUUGGGUUGGUGGAUCUAUUCUUAGUUCUCUUGGGUCUUUCUAACAAAUGUGGAUGAGCAGGCAAGAAUAUGAAGAGCAUGGUUCAAUAAUGAUUGAAAGAAAAUGUCCUUGA